UCUGACGUGUCGCGCAUGCGUGUCAACGCACUUGUCAUUUAGGGGCGUUCGUUCAACAACAAUAAAAUAAGUCGCCAUUUUGUUGCUUUAAAAUAAAAAUAAUCCCAAUUUAUACAAAGCAUCGCCGCAUUUAUUCAAAAAUCUGCGAAAGAAAUGUGUCUGUGAUAUAAACAGUUGAGUGUCAGAAACGGUAUUUUAUUGUGAUAUGCACUAAAAGUUUUUCUUUGUGUUGGUUUAAUAUUUUGGAAGGGUCCGAUCAGCUGAAAGAUAAAAAGAUGGGUACAAAAGAUGAUGAAUACGACUAUUUAUUUAAAGUUGUUCUUAUUGGAGAUUCUGGAGUAGGAAAAAGUAACUUGUUAUCGAGAUUUACUAGGAACGAAUUUAAUUUGGAAUCUAAAUCUACUAUAGGAGUUGAAUUUGCUACACGUAGUAUACAGGUCGAUGGCAAAACGAUAAAGGCGCAGAUAUGGGACACGGCGGGGCAGGAGCGGUACCGCGCCAUCACGGCCGCCUACUACCGCGGCGCGGUCGGCGCCCUGCUCGUCUACGACAUCGCCAAGCACCUCACCUACGAGAACGUGGAGCGCUGGCUGCGGGAGCUGCGCGACCACGCCGACCAGAACAUCGUCAUCAUGCUGGUGGGCAACAAGUCUGACCUGCGGCACCUGCGCGCCGUCCUCACCGAGGAGGCGAAGGCGUUCGCCGAGCGCAACGGCCUCUCGUUCAUCGAGACCUCGGCGCUGGACUCUACGAACGUCGACACCGCCUUCCAGAACAUCCUCACCGAGAUCUACAGGAUCGUGUCGCAGAAGCAGAUCAGGGAUCCGCCCGAAGGCGACGUGAUCAGGCCGCAGAACGUCGAGCCGAUCGACGUCAAGCCGACCGUCAAUUCGGACGGGGUGCGCAAGCAGUGCUGCCAGUAGUUGCGAUCGCGCCUACACAGAUAUAUAGCAAUAUAUAUUAUUUAAUAUUUUACAGGAUGAAACAUCAAGUAGAUACAACUAUUAAAAUCACUGGCUACUUGUGUUGUGCUGUUUUUAUUUAUACAUAGGUAUAUUUACUCAUGCGUAUCUAUUUUAUGAGUUAAAAAUCUUUAAAAGUGCUUUAUCAUUAAAAAUUUGAGGUGCUCUAUAUUGCAAUGCCUUACGCCAUCAUCCAAGAACGUUUUUUCCUCAUGGAAUAGACUAUACAUAGUAAAUAUGGAAUCUAAAUGUUUUCGUCGCGCAUUUAGAAAAAAAACGUCGCUAUUCGAUUCCUUUUUUAAUUCCUGUAUAAAACAUCUCAUAUUUUCUCUGUUGCAGUUUUCUAUAUAUAUUAGGUAUAAUAUAAUUAAUAAAGUGUAUUUAUAAAAAUAACUAUAUUCCUUUAUAGCAUGUGAUGUCAUGAGAGUAAUAAGAUAUCAGGGUUUUUCGAUUUGAAAAGGGUAAGCAAUAAAUUUAUAUGCCGACGCGGAUAUAAAUUUAAUGUGUAGUUGUUGUAAAUAAUACAAAUCAAAAUCAAAAAACCCCCAAUUCUAUUAACCACUAUUAAAAUUCCUUUCAGAUUGUUUAACGUUUUGUUAUGUUAAUGUUUGUCAAAAUUAACGAUACAGAAAUUAAGACAGAGUAAGUACUCAACACUGGUUGAGGAGCGAUCAACAAACACAAUAAAUCCACUCAAAACAAUAAAAAAAUGUUAAAAAUGGAUUUAUCGCGUUUUGUUUGAUCACUCCUCAAUUGACAAAACAUACGACAGGGGGCGGUGACGUCAAGUAGCCAACUUCACUAUUUGAUUGGGUGAAGUUAGCUACUUGACGUCACAGCAAACUAGACAUGUAAAAAAAUUAUAAAAACAAAAAAAUUUAACACACCAAAAGACACCAGCCACCAGCACUUUAUGCUAUUUCGCUAUUAUUUAUGACGGUGUGUAAAUUUUGUAUUUGUGAUUUGGUAGUUAAAUUAUUUUAAAUUGUAGUUAGUCAGGUUAUGUAGAUAAUUCUUUUUUCUGUUAUUGUCCAUUUACCUAAUAAACAUUUACCUUACUUGACAGAGUUCAAACAAACAAGUAAGGCAACUGGGCCCAGUGUAAAUUAUAAGCUUAUCAGAUUUAUUAUACGUUUAAUUUUUAAAUAAAAUUAUUGUAACUCAAU